AUGUCCAACGUCAACGUUUAUGAUCACUUUCCCGCAAUGUCUUCAGUUGCCUCUCGACGAACUUCAGCCGUUUCAAUAAAUGCUUUGUUAAAUCCUGAACCCGAAGAACAACAAUCUUACAUGUCGCCUUCCUAUCCUGCUUCACCGAGUAAUAUAGAUUGGUAUGAUAUCAAAAUCCUUUCUGAUGACCAACCUUUAAUCAAUCAAGGUUAUUAUAAUGAAACUAGUUCUCCACAAGUCUCCCCUGAUGACUCCGUUACUUCCCAAUCAAUGCCGGCCUCUCCAAUGUCAAAACAUUCAUCAUCUACAUUGGCAUACAAUGGAAACGGAACCAGUAUUAAAACCGAAAAGGCGGUGGCAAUCACGUCAAGAAGAUCGUCCUCUUCGGUCCCAUCUUCUCGUAGGGGUUCGUUGAAUCGAACUUCGGGACCUGGACAAGCUAUCAUUUCUUCAGAUGGUAACUCUAAUAUAAUUACACCACCACAAACCCCUGGUAUCAAGUCCCCGACAAAGUCAAACUUUGCAUUCCCGCCAAAUUCAAACGGGGCGACCACCAGCAAUGAUCAAUCAAAUAAUCAACCCAUGCCUCCAAAGGUAAAACGCAAGCGAAUCACUCAGGAACAAUUGCAAGAUUUGGUUGCGAUGUUCGACCAAACUGACACGCCAAGUUACGAUGUACGAGAAAAGCUUGCCAAGAAAUUGAAUAUGACGAAUCGUGAGGUUCAGGUAUGGUUCCAAAACCGACGCGCGAAAGCGAAUCGAGCAAAGGCAAAUGAACACAAUGCAUCCCACCAGCACCACCGAUUCUUACAUCAUCACUCUGUGUCAACGGCGCAGGCUGCCAGCGGACACGCAUCGUCAAUUGGUAUGAUGCCACACGGGAAUUUCACAUUCGUUCCCAUGUUUGCCAACGGUGGUCCAUCAACAGGUGGUCCGGCUAGGGGUCGUAGCAGUCGCCGGCAUUCAUAUGUUCCGCCGACGAAUAACAAUCAAAAGAAAGUGCCUCAGAACACCCCACAUACAAGACCAAGGGCUUCCACUGUCACAGGAGUGCCUAUGACAACGAUGGGUUCACAUGGACAUUCGAUUCACGUUGCUCCUCAACAACAUCAGCAAUCGCAAUCGACUCCCAAAAUGAUGGUUGUACCACCGCCAAUUAAGAUCUUACCAUUCGUCCAUGAACAACGCCACGUUAGUAGUCUUGGUCAAUCGCAUCAUCCCGUAUACGGACAUCCAUACGCUCAUAGUGUUCCGCCUUCACCUAUCUCGCCCAUCACCCCAAUUUCACCAAACACACCAAUCCUUCCAUCAAUCAAUUAUAUGCUUCCAAGCAUAAAUAACUUGACGCUUCCACCACCGGUCGCCGUUCCUCCGAUUAAGGAACUCCUUGCGGCAUCAACUUCGGACUAUCAACAGUCCGUAUACCGUCAGCAAGAAACGAUGCCUACGUCACAAAAUAAUCAGCAACAGCAAGCAUUAUCCCAGUUGGAAUAUUCUGAUGCUUCGACAACAAAAUCGGCUGUUAAUAAUCCAAGUGAACCCUCGCCAAUUGACCUCCUCGCAGCAGCUGCAGAACUUGUCCAAAGAGAAAAAGAAAAAGAAUGUCUCGGAGCAUUUACAGCAAACAACGAGGAUCAGGAAGACGCUGAUAACGACAAGAAGUGGAGACCAUGGAUGAUCUAA